AUGCUCUACACGAAAACCAUCAACGGACAGCAAUUGUCAUUUAUCGACUAUGGCAUUCCUAGCGAGCGACCAGCCAUUGUCGUCUUCUCGGGCUGGUGCCAGGACCAUCGAGGCUGGGAAGAGCUUCUCCCGUAUCUGAUUUACGAGUAUCGGGUGGUUUGUUUGAAUUGGAGAGGGCAUGGGCCCAACCGAGAUCGUGUGGAAGACUUCGGCGUGGAGGAACAAGUAAAGGAUUAUUUGGCUCUGCUUGAAGAACUCGAAGUGGGAAAGUUCGUUGCUAUCUCUCAUUCCCACGGGGGCUGGGCUGCGAUGCAAGUUGCCCAGACGUUGGGCAAAGAACGAGUCCCAGCGGUACUGCUUCUCGAUCUUAUUAUGACAGAAGCUCCUCCGGAGUUUGUCAACACAUUAAAAGCCAUUCAAAAUAAGGAAACAUGGCGAGCGGCGCUGUUCGGUCUCAUUGCUGCUUGGGAAGCAAACACCUCUAAUCAUAAAUGGCGCGAAUCAAGAAUCAAGAAUGCCGGCGGACAUGGAUUCGAUAUGUGGGCCCGAGGUUGCCGAGAGGUCGAGAGAGCAUAUGCGACUUGGGGCAGUCCGAUGAAGCGCAUGGAGGCGAUGCCGGACCCUCCACUUCUUCGACAUGUGUUCAGCCACCCCAAACAACCUGGUUAUGUGGAAUUACAUGAACAAUUUCAGGGAAAGCAUGCCGAAUGGUUCUCCUUUGUCAAACUCAGUGGCGAAACCCAUUUUCCUGCCAUUGAAUUGCCGGAAUCAGUGAGCAUGACACUGAAGGAUCUUGUCGGGAGAGUGUCUGCUCAGGAAUGA